UACAUACAAAAGUUUUAGUGUCAUAAAAGAACGUUACAAAAACUUCCGGAAUUUUUCUGAACUUAUUUCUGCGUGUAAUUUAGAAAGAAAACCAAAAGAUAAGAAAACAAUAUAGUUUACGAUUGAAUAAAAUUGUCGUUAAUGUGAGUUUUUUCACUAAAAGUUACCUCAAGGACUGUUUUUUAUGAUCUAAUUCACAUCUUGGGGUAAGAAAUAACAUCAAAUAAUUAAGAUGCCAAGAACAAAACGUGGAAAAUCUACUUCUACUAAGUCCACUACAAGCAUAAAGCUGCCAAAGUCCUCACUAAGAGCCUUUAAUGAAUCAUUUAUGGAAGGAGCUGACAUGAUUUUGGAGCAUAUAGACGCCAGACUUGAAAAAGAGAUAGCCCAAAUACAAAUUUUCUUUCAAGGAGUGAAGAUGCAAAAAUCAUCAUGUUUAAAUAAAACGGUAGAAGAAAUGAUAGCAACUGGUUUUCUUUCACUUUCAAAUUUAAAUAGUUUGUCUACUACUUCGAAUUUAGCAGGUGCUGCAAUUAGCACAGUUAAAAAAUCAAAUGGUAAUCAAGGAAGAAGCAGUAGAUUACGAAAUAAAUCUAAAGACGAUGAAGGUUAUCUUACAGCUGGAAGUCGUACAAGUUCUUUAACACGUGAAUCAAAAACCAAGAAAACAAUGACGGUGAAGAAAAAUACUCGCAGAUCAAAAUCUUGUUCAAACAACAAUGGUCCUGUAAUUAAUUAUACAACACCAUCCAAUAAACCACAAAAUUUUGGUUAUAUUACACCAAAAGUUAAAUUAAACACACCACAAGCCCUUUUACGGAGACCAGAUAUGGGAGAAAUGGCGUUUUCUGUACAAGGAAGUCCAUUAAUGACGUCUGAUACUCAACCAAAAAAUGCAAAUAUUAAUAUUCCUUUGAAGAAUGGUCAAGUUGUCUCCAUUCAACCGUUCGGAAUGUUAAAUGAUUCCCAAGUUCCCGAACUUGAUUCUCAUAUGAUGGAACAAAUGAAUACCCUCCAAAAGAAUUUAAUGAAAUUUAUUGAAAAAAAUAUGAAAAAAUGAAGAUGACAACAUUUAAUUGUAAUAAUACUUAGAUUAUUUAUUUUGAGACUACUUAGUUCAAUAGUAUUUUUAUAAAAAUUUAUUCUACCAGUUAUAACAUAGCCGUUACUUUUUCUGUAUUUCAUACUAUAUCUGUAUUUUAUCAAGUAUUUGUAAAAUAAAACGUGUUUUUCAUUCUUAA